AAGUUAUUGUACGCCAUUUCCUUUCAGCUGUCAUUAUAGUACUAGUUGGUGAAUCUCUUUGUUUGGAUAUUAUUGUGGGGCAUUUAGAAAAACAACGUCAAAAAAUUUAAUUGUAUUGUGUACGAUUUAAAUUUAAAAAGAUCGUGUUUGAAAUUUAAAAAAAUCGUACAAUAUGUCAUCGCCAAGUGCUGGGAAACGACGUGUUGAUACAGACGUAUUAAAACUGAUCGAAAGUAAACAUGAAGUAACCAUACUAGGUGGUUUGAAUGAAUUUUGUGUAAAAUUUUAUGGACCACAAGGGACACCAUACGAAGGUGGUGUUUGGAAAGUUCGUGUACAUUUACCAGAACAAUACCCAUUUAAAUCUCCAAGUAUUGGAUUUAUGAAUAAAGUUUAUCAUCCAAAUAUCGAUGAAGUAUCUGGGACAGUUUGUUUGGAUGUCAUAAAUCAAGCAUGGACUGCAUUAUACGAUCUAUCAAAUAUAUUUGAAGCAUUUCUACCACAAUUAUUGACGUAUCCAAAUCCAAUAGAUCCAUUAAAUGGAGAUGCAGCAGCCAUGUAUUUACAUAAACCAGAAGAAUACAGAAAAAAAGUUGCAGAUUAUGUGCGUAAAUAUGCAACUGAAGAAGCACUUAGAGGACAAGAAUCCAGUCCGUCGGAUAGUGAGUCCAGUAUGUCGGACUUUAGUGAAGAUGAAGCACAAGAUAUGGAAUUAUAACAUCGUAUUGUGUUUUGUGUCAAUAAAAACAAAAACAUUUUUAGUGUGUUCUGGGGGGGUCUCCUAAAACGCCAUCUUCACGUUAAUAAUAUAUGCAUAUUGUAAUUACGUAUUUGUUUUAUCGACUCAAUAAAAUUUCUGUUUUUUUUUUUAAACAGAAAUUUUGUUUGGGUGUCCGAAUUAUAUUGUGUGUUUACUUACGUAAUUGCACUGCAAACCAAAGACUUUGUGGACGAAAUAAUGAAUCCGCAUUUUUUUGAAAGUAGUAGUCGAGAGCAUUUUAACGAAGUUUAUUAGUUUUUUUUCUUAUUAGUUAAGCAAUUUUUUCACUGCUUAAAAAAUGUUUUUUUAUGG